AUGAUGUUUUGGCGAAAGACUAAAUCUGAAAUAUCAAACUCAAUCUCACAAGAUUUUGAGAAUAAACUAAAGCUUUUUGAAAAUGAAAUGUCUAUGAAUGGUUGCGCUACCACUAAUAGUACUGUUGCUACCAAUAACUCUUCCUCAGUUAAUAAUAAACCACGUCUAAUAAAAUCUAAUAGUCUAAGAAAAAUAUCCACAAGUAGUUCUUUAUCUAUUCCAAAGAGAGUCGUCUCUUUAAAAUCUUCUCCUCAAAUCAAAACUUAUAACGAUACAACAAAAUUGGUUGAGCUACAGAAUAUAGUGGAAAAAAAGAGAAUAGAAAUGUUACAGGCAAACAGGAAAUCAUUAAUAAGUAUAUACAUUCUUUGUAGAGUGCUCAUUGAAAUCGUUAAACAAUCCCCACAUGACUCUGAUGAACACAUAAACAAUAAGUUGGAAGAAAUCAUCUUUGCACAGUUAAAAAUCACUGAUCCAUUAUCUGUUUCUUCAAGUAUCAUAAAAUCUUCAAACUGGAAUUCUUUCGCUAAAAUUCUAGGUUGUAUGUCAGAAUACCAUUUUGUAUCUGUAAGUGAUAAAUUUAUCGCUGAACUAGAAAAGUUCCCUAGUUUAAUACCCAUUGAAGACGAACCAUAUGUUCAUUUACUAGUUUUAGGUAUGAGGUAUUUGAAAUUGAAACAUUAUCCAAUUGACAAUUUUGAACAAAGUAUGGAUUUUUUGAAAAGUAUAUCAAAAUUUUUUGCAAGAACAGAAAAUGUUUCAAUCAGAAUAGCCUAUGCAGAUGUCACCACUCAAUUAUUAUUAUCUUUAGCUGACGUAGUCACCGUAGAAAUAAAUCAUCCGACUUGGAUUGAAGCAAUGGAGCUUUUAUAUAAAUGUUCCAAAACAUUAAUUUCAAAUACGAAAUGUUGGUCUGUCGGAUUUACUCUGAGUGUAUCAAUCUUGUGUGUAUCACCUUCUCAAUUAUUCACAGAAAGAUGGAUGAAAUUACUUACCUCAAAUAUUGAUAAAAUCAAAACCAAAGAUAUCACGGAAAGAGCCAUCUAUGCACUAGGUCUAUCUUGCUUAGUUUGGGUGUAUCUAUAUCGUUCAACAGAGACGUUGAACAAUACAAUAAAAACGUUAACAUCAUUAUUAAGACUAUAUUUAAACCCCAAAAAAAAGAAAAUUGGUUAA